AUGUCUAUGACAGCGAAAACGUGGCAACAACUCGCGUAUAUUCUUAUAUUUUCUUGCAGUUUAGUGCAUGCACAAGUGACCUAUUCCAUUCCCGAAGAAAUGGCAAAGGGAUCAGUGGUCGGAAAUAUUGCAGAAGAUUUGGGUUUGGAUGUAAAGAGACUGAAGUCGGGAGAGGCACAUAUCUACGCCAGUGAAAGUACGGAAUACAUUGAACUGAAUAAGGAGAGAGGGAUGCUUUUGAUUAAGGAGAAAAUAGAUCGCGAGGCGCUUUGCGCAAAAACGACUCCUUGCGCUUUGCAUCUCCAAAUGAUUCUUGAUAACCCGAUGGAAUUAUACAGAAUUGCAGUCGAAAUCACGGAUAUAAAUGAUAAUGCUCCUAGUUUCAAGAAAGGGGACAUUACAUUUGAGAUUAGCGAAUCUGCUGUGUUAGGUGCUAAAUUCAUGCUGGAGAAAGCAUUUGAUCCGGACAUUGGAAUAAAUGAUCUGCACAGUUACACGUUAAAACCUAUGGAUCAUUUCGGCUUAAACUUACAAAAUCAAGCUGAUGGAAGCAAAAACGUGGAGAUGGUGUUGCAAAAAAACCUUGAUCGGGAAAAACAACAUCGUAUGUCUUUGUUGUUAACAGCUAUAGAUGGCGGCGAACCGCAGAUGUCUGGCACGGUUCAGAUUCAUAUCACUGUCUUAGAUGCUAAUGACAAUGCUCCUAUCUUUACUCAGAAAACGUACCAAGCCACUUUAACUGAAAACGCACAAAAAGGCACUAAAAUCACCUCCGUCAGCGCAUCUGAUGCAGAUGAAGGUCCAAAUGGUAAGAUUACGUAUUCUAUUUCAAACGCAAUGAAUGGUGUGACGGACGUAUUCAUAAUCAAUGAAGCAAGUGGCGAGGUCACACUUAACGGUGAGGUUGACUAUGAAAUGACGAACAAUUUUCAAAUUGACAUUCAAGCAAAAGAUCAAGGAGGCCUCUCUGACUCUUGUAAAUUAAUUAUUGACGUGAUAGACAUAAAUGAUAACAAACCCAUUAUCAGUGUGCUCUCCAUGCAUAAGUCUAUUUCCGAAGACGCGCAGCCUGAGAGGGUGAUCGCGAUGAUCAAAGUAAAUGACCCUGAUUCUGGUGCAAAUGGUGAAGUACACUGUGCUCUCAAUGAAAAUAUUCCCUUUAGUAUAACAUCUCCAUCUAACAAUUUCAUCAGCCUCAAAAUACAACAGGAGCUGGACAGAGAGAAAAACGCAGAGUAUAACAUCACUGUAACGUGUGCUGACGAAGGAGUGCCCCAGCUUUCCAGCAGUGUCUCUCUGCGAUUACAGAUAACCGAUGUAAAUGAUAACGCACCUUUCUUUGAAAAAAACUAUUAUGAAGCCUAUAUCGCUGAGAACAAUGCAGCAGGUCAGUCUAUAUUCACGAUAAAGGCAAGUGAUGCUGACUGGAAACAAAAUGCUCGUGUUUCUUAUAUACUGGAGGAGAGCACUGUUAACGGCUUGUCAUUGUCAUCAUACGUGUCCGUUAAUGCUGAGAGUGGAAUCAUCACCGCAGUGCGUUCUUUUGACUACGAACAAUUAAAAGACUUCAAAUUUCACGUAAAAGCACAGGAUGGAGGCUCACCUCCUCUCAGUAGCAAUGUUACAGUGAAAAUUAUCAUCCAGGACCAGAACGACAACGCGCCACAGAUUCUUUACCCGGUACAAACUGGUGGCUCCGUGGUGGCUGAAAUGGUGCCUCGUUCAGCAGAUCUUGGCUACCUUGUCACUAAAGUUGUGGCUGUUGAUGUGGACUCUGGACAAAAUGCCUGGCUUUCCUAUAAACUACAGAAAUCGACAGACAGAGCUCUGUUUGAAGUUGGAGCACAAAAUGGAGAAAUAAGAACAGUUCGUCAGGUGUCAGAUACAGAUUCAAUAAAACACAGGCUCAUUGUUACUGUACAGGAUAAUGGACAGCCUUCUCGUUCAGCUACAGUCACUGUGAAUGUGGCUGUUGCAGAUAGUUUCCCAGAAGUGCUCUCAGAAUUCAACAGCCUUAACCAUGACACAAAAUACAGUGACAAUCUUACAUUUUACUUAAUUUUGGCUCUGGCUGUGGUUUCAGUACUCUUCAUUUUCUCACUAAUUGCCAUCAUUUCAGUCAAAAUCUACAGAUGGAGGCAGAACAGGUUAUUUUAUAAAUCUGCACCAAAUCUACCAGUGAUUCCAUAUUACCCACCAGUCUACGCUGAUGGUACUUUACAGCGUGUGUAUAAUUAUGAGAUGUGUGGAACAACUGAUUCCAGGAUGAGUGACAUCAAGUUUGUCAGGCCUUACAGUCAGAACACACUGGUGAAUGUGAGUCAUGCAGGAACUGUACAGAGAGAAAGAAAAGAACAAGCGGAUGCUGAUCUGUCUUUGGAGGUGAGACUUACAUCUUUAAACAUGCCUGUUACAGCGGAAACAUGGCAACAGCUUGCGUAUGUUGUUAUAUUUUCGUUCAGGGUAGUGUACGGACAAGUGAGUUACUCUAUUGCUGAAGAAAUGGCUAAAGGCUCUGUGGUCGGAAAUAUAGCGGAAGAUUUGGGUUUCGAUUUACUAAGACUGAAGUCGGGGGACGCACGUAUCUACUCUGGAGACAGCAUGGAAUACAUCGAAUUGAAUAAAGAACGGGGAUUGCUUUUGAUAAAGGAGAAAAUAGAUCGCGAGGCGCUUUGCGCAAAAACGACUCCUUGCGCUCUACAUCUCCAAAUGAUUUUGGACAACCCAGUGGAAUUAUACAGAAUAACUGUCGAAAUCACGGACAUAAAUGAUAAUGCUCCCAGUUUCCAGGAAAACGAAAUUACUUUUGAGAUUAGUGAAUCCGCUGUGACAGGGGCGAAAUUCAUGCUGGAGAAAGCAUUCGACCCAGACGUAGGGAUAAAUGGUCUGCAGAGCUACUCCCUGAAACCUACGGAUCAUUUCGGUCUAAAGUUACAUGAUCAAACUGAUGGAAGUAAAAAUGUGGAAAUGGUAUUGCAAAAAAGCCUUGACCGAGAAGAACACGGGCGAAUGUCUUUGUUGUUAACAGCUAUAGAUGGAGGCGAACCGCAGAUGUCUGGCACGGUUCAGAUACAUAUAACUGUACUAGAUGUUAAUGACAAUGCACCUGUCUUUAAUCAGAAAACGUACAAAGCCACUUUAACUGAAAACGCACAGAAGGGAUCAAAAAUUACUGUGGUUAGCGCCUCUGAUGCAGAUGAGGGCAGCAAUGGUAAGAUAACGUAUUACAUUUCAAAGACAAUGGGUAGCUCCCGGAACCUUUUCAUAAUAGACCAACUAAGCGGCGAAGUCAAACUAAACGGUGAGAUUGACUAUGAAAUUGCGAGCAACUAUCAAAUUGAUAUCCAAGCCAAAGACCAAGGAGGUCUCUCUGAUUCAUGUAAGCUGAUUAUUGAUAUAUUAGACAUGAAUGAUAAUAAACCCGUUAUCAGCGUGCUUUCUAUGCCCAAGUCUGUUUCCGAGGAAUCUCCGCCCGAAACAGUAAUCGCGAUGAUAAAUGUCAACGAUCCUGACUCCGGUUUGAAUGGGCAGGUUCACUGCAUUAUCGAUGAUAAUAUUCCUUUUGUCAUAACAUCUCCAUCAAAUAAUUUUUUCAGCCUCACAACCCAGAAAGAACUUGACAGAGAGAAAAAUGCAGAGUAUGAUAUCAGUGUAACGUGUGCUGACGAGGGUGUGCCCCAGCUUUCCAGCAGUGUCUCCUUACGAUUACAGAUAUUAGAUGUAAAUGAUAACGCUCCUGUCUUUGAGAAAAAAUAUUAUGAAGCUCAUAUCGCUGAGAAUAAUGCAGCAGGUCAGUCUAUAUUCACUGUGAGGGCAAGUGAUGCUGACUGGAAACAGAAUGCUCGUGUUUCUUAUAUUCUGGAGGAGAGCACUGUUAACGGCGUGCCAGUCUCAUCAUAUGUUUCCGUUAAUGCUGAGAGUGGAAUUAUCAGUGCUGUGCGUUCUUUUGACUACGAACAGUUGAAGGACUUCCAUUUUUGCGUAAAAGCACAGGAUGGAGGCUCACCUCCUCUCAGUAGUAAUGUUACAGUUAAAAUUAUUAUCCGGGACAAGAAUGACAAUGCACCACAGAUUCUUUACCCGGUACAAACUGGUGGCUCCGUGGUGGCUGAAAUGGUGCCUCGUUCAGCAGAUGUUGGCUAUCUUGUCACUAAAGUUGUGGCUGUUGAUGUGGACUCUGGACAGAAUGCCUGGCUUUCUUAUAAACUACAGAAAUCGACGGACAGGGCUCUGUUUGAAGUCGGAGCACAGAAUGGAGAAAUAAGAACAGUUCGUCAGGUCACUGAGACCGAUGUCGUGAAACACAGACUCACUGUUGUGGUGGAAGAUAAUGGACAACCCUCUCGUUCAGCUACAGUCACUAUAAAUGUUGCAGUCACUAAUAGUUUCCCUGAAGUGUUUUCAGAGUUCAACAGUUUAAAUAACGACGUCAAAUACAGUGACAAUCUGACAUUUUAUUUAAUUUUGGCUCUGGCUGUGGUUUCAGUACUCUUCAUUUUCUCACUAAUUGCCAUCAUUUCAGUCAAAAUCUACAGAUGGAGACAAAACAGGUUAUUUUAUAAAUCUGCACCGAAUCUACCAGUGAUUCCAUAUUACCCACCGGUCUAUGCUGAUGGUACUUUACAGCGCGUGUAUAAUUAUGAGAUGUGUGGAACAACUGAUUCCAGGAUGAGUGACAUCAAGUUUGUCAGGCCAUACAGCCAGAACACACUGGUGAAUGUGAGUCGCGCUGGAACUGUACAGAGAGAAAAGAAAGAACAGGAGGGUACUGAUCUCUCUUUAGAGAUACUGUGA